AUGGCGGCCGCGCCGCCGCCAAGCGCCGCCGCCGGCGGGGAGGACGGCGCCACCGCCUGUCGUAAAAAGGGCAGCGCCACACUGCCGGAAAGCGCGGCGGAGGGGGGCGGGGCUCGGCGGAAGGGGGGCGGGGCUCGGCGGAAGUGGGCGGGGCUCGGCGAAGCGGGCGGGGUGCGCGCUCGUCCCGUGGCGGGAGGCUGCGGGGGGCUGCGGCUUGCAUCGCUUGGAAGUAGCCUCGAGCAAAAGCCUUUUAGCCGAGGGCAGAUGGCUCUGCAAGACACAAACCUGCAGGGCCCUGGUGACCCCCUGGCCUUUGCAGCAGUGCCCGGGGGCUGGGGGCUGGUGGGCAGGGCGGGCUCCAUCCUGGCAGCAGUGCCCGGGGGCACUCCGCUGCCGCACGGCAGACCCAGCGCACCGGGCGCGGAGCUGGAGCCGAGUGCUCUUCCCCUGGCGGUCGCCAGGCAGGGGUGGGAUGGGGCUGGCCUCUCCGGGGCUGUGCGGGGCUUCGGUGCCAGCCCAGCUGCAGGCAGGUCCGGGGAGGGUCACUCGCACCCCCGGGAGCUGAGUCGCGGAGCCCCCGGGGGCCGUGGGAGCUCGCCGGGCUCCGGGGCGCGGAGCCGGCGCUGGAAGCCACUUUGGCAGCGGCAGCUUCCGGGCAGGGGUGCUUGGCUCCAGGACCUGCAGGAUGAUUUCCUCCCAUCCUUGUACUCCUGCCUCUCCCCCGAGCCUCCCAGGGCCCUGGAUCCACAGUUCUCCAUUCUCUUCUUUUCCAAAUACGACUCCAAGAAGCUUGCAGCUGCCCUGGCCAGGUUCAGCCAGAGGCUGUCUCAUGUGCCUCUCUCUCUGGAGUGGAGCCUGGUCUUCAUCAACGGCCUGUGGGAGAGGGUGCUGCAGGUGCCAGGCAUUGGCAGCCCAGCUGUCUUGUUCCAGUGGGUCCAUGGUGGGCUCCAGCCCCUCCUGGCCAAGCCCCAGGUUGCUGAUUGUCUCCAUGCCAAAAACAUCCUGUGUGAGACCUUCCAGGGGAUAGUGGCUUCCCUCAGUGGCAUCUACCCUGACCUGCCAGUGGAGGAGCAGAGGAACCUUUAUGCUGCCAUCAAGCACUACCUCCUCCAGGCUGGAGCUCAGCAGAAAUGCUUCAGUGCAGCCAUCCCAGGUCUGAACUCCACUGCUUGGUUUAAGAACUACCUUGGGCCCUUUAUGGAGCAUGCUACUGUUGCAGACCUGCAGCUCUUUGGGGAUGAGCCAACACUGCAAACCUUCGCCAGGGACCCUCUGAGCCUGCAGCUGGUCAGCAGCCUCACCCUGCCCUGGCAGACAGCUGUGUUCUACACCUCCCUGCUGACCUCUGCACCUGAUUUCCCCCUGGCCAGCCUUCCAGACAGAUUUGUUUGCUGCCUGAGCCCCUCAGCAGUGAGCAACCUGAGCAGGGCUGAGGCUUUGAGCUUGGCCCAGAGGAUCACCGAGAGCUGCCCUUGGAACCUGACGCACAGAGGACUAACCAGAGAGAGAGCUCCCUCCUCCCUGAGCAGAGAGGAGCUGCAGGUUGCAUCCUCUCUGGUGAGGAAGUUUGAGCGCUUCCCCCCCGCGCUGCUGCGUGCCCUGGGCCAGGCUGCAGUUGGCCUCUCCAUCUCUGACCUCGAGGACAGGAUCAGUGCCCAGGAGCUGGCUGCAGCGCUCCCUGCCCUGGCUGCGGUUCGAGGCUGGAGCGCUGAGCAGGCCAGCGCCAUCACCCGCAAGCUGCUGAGCUCUGGCUAUCAGGUGUCAGACGGGCAGAGCCUGGCCGGGCUGGGCGGCUUGGUGCCCGGGCUGGGCAGCGCCGCGCUCCGCGCUCUGCCUCCGGAGGCCGUCUCGGAAGCCGUGCGGCUGCCCGGGUUUGCUCAGCACCUGGAGGCUCUGCCCCCUGCUCUGAAGAUGGUGCUGGUGGAGAAGAUCUCCUCCCGUGUGAGCCACCCUGCUGAGCUGGUUCCCUGUGUCCCUGCUGCUCUGGCCAGGUACAUUCCUAAGUCCUUGCUUGUCUUUGGGGAAGAGCAGCCCAACAUCCAGGACCUCAACAGCAAGCCCUGGACCCCAGAGCAGGCUGCCAUGUUCUUCAGUGAUGUGGUGAAGGCAGAGCCUGACUUCAGCAGGCUCUCCCAGUCAGUCCUCCAGGGCUUCACCUGUGCAGCUGCCAAGGAGACAGCAGCAGCAAGAUUCCAGGAGCUGGCCAGAGUGAUGAAGAGGAAGGAGGUCAAGCUGGGAGAAGACCAGCUGAGCUGCUUGGUGAAGCUGGUGACCCUGCAGGGGAUUCCCAAGGACUUGGACAGCUACCCCAGGGAGCUGCUGCUGUUCUUAAGUCCCUCAGACUAUGCAGCCACAGGAAGCUGUCUGCAGUUCUUUGCUAAUGUUGGGGAAGCCAACCUUGAUGUUCUGCCAAGAGAAUCACCUCAGAGGAAAGAGCUGCUGCUGGAGGCUUUGGCAUGCCUGGGAGUUCCUGGCCCCCAGGUGGAUGAGGAGAGUGCAGAGCUCCUGGGCCAUCUGCUCUGUGAGCUGGGGGGGCAGCACAUCAGGAGUUCUGGGGGGCACCUGCUGAAGCACCUGAGCCGCUGUGACUCCUUCCUGCCUGAGCAAGAGGAGGCCAUUAGGAGUGUCCUCAGCAGUGGCAACACCUCCUUUGGGCCUCCUGCAGAGUGGUCAGCUCUUACCUUGAAGGAGCUCAGUGGCUUGAUUCCUGUCUUGGAUCACAGCAUCUUGCAGGAGAUCCCCAGGGAUGCUUUAACUCUCUGGCUGAAAAGUUUUGCCCGGGAUUCCCCUCUCUCGAGGGAGGAGCUGGCCAGCAUCGCUGAGGAGCUGCAGCCCAGCAGGCACAAACGAGCAGACGGUGAGGGAGCCGGGAAGGAGAUAACGGAGGAGGUGCUCAGUGACGACACCAUGAACAUCUACUACAGCCCAGCAGAGCUGCAUGCCUGCCUGAGGAAUGUCUCCCUGGAGAACUACCUCACCCAGAUCCUGGUCUACCCCUUCAGUGACCCCCAGCUGGCUGCCAUGAAGCAGCACCUGGACGAGACGUACCCUGAUGGCUAUCCUGCAAGCCUGCUGCCCAAGCUGGGCCUGCUCCUCUCUUUUGUCACUCCUGAGGAGGUUUCCAGGUGGAACAUCACUUCAGCUGAUGUCCUGGCUGGCAUCCUGAGAAGUCAGCCCCCUGAGCAGCAGGCCUCCGCAGCCGUCCGACGCUACCUGGCCCUGGGCAGCCCCCUGGAUGCCACAGCUCUGGAGGCCAUUGGCACCACCUACAUCUGCCUGCUGGAUGGGGCUGAGCUCAACAUGAUAGAGCCCAGCAGCCUGAAAAUGGCAUCUCUGAACCCUGCAGCCUGCUCUGAGACCACAAAGGACAUCUUGUAUGCUAAAGCCAAAAGGGCUUUCUCUGGGCAGCCUUUCCCUGCUUACUAUGAACUUAUUGAACCCUACCUUGGGGGUGCUCCUGCAGCGGAUCUCCGAGCCCUGAGCACGAGGAACCUGAACAUGGGCAUCAGCACUCUGGUGAAGCUCAGGAGAGACUCCCUGAUGAGCCUGACACCUUCUGAGGUCCAGGGCUUGCUGGGGAUUAACCUUCCUGACCUGCAGAAGUGGCAGCACAGAGCUCCCAUCUGGCAGUGGAUCCAGCGGCAGAAGCAGUCAGAGCUGGAGCAGCUGCGGCUCGGCCUCACGGGGGGCACACAGAAAGGCUACAUCAACCUGGCCCUCCCCAGAGCCCAGGUUCGAUCCUCAGCCUCCCUGGCUGCUGUGGCCCUCCACCUCCUGCCUGCUCUGCUUACCAGCUGCCUGCUGCUGUCCAUCCUGGCAUGA